CACCACACUCUUUCGUCGCUCCACUCCCUUAUUUCGCAAGCAAUGGCGCAGAAAGAAGCGACCGUAUAUAUUCUCGAUCUCGGGGAGACGAUGGGCGAGAAGCGCCAUGGGAGGGAAAAGAACGAUUUGGAGUGGGCGUUGGAGUAUGUUUGGGAUAAGAUCACGACUACAGUUGCGACGGGUAGGAAGACGGCGUUGAUGAGCGUGGUGGGGUUUCGGACGGAUGGGACGGAUUUGAGCGGGGUGAUGGAGGAAGAAGAGGGCUAUGAGCAUAUUACCGUUUUCUCGGAGCUGAAGCAGUAUCUACUUCCAGAUAUCCGGAGUCUAGAGGAGAAUUUGAAGCCUAGCGCAACAGGCGAGGGUGACCUGAUAUCUGCGCUGGCUGUCGCCAUUCAGUUAAUCGACAGAGCGACGACAGGAAAGACAGGUAACCCGCUCAAGUUCGAUCGUCGCAUCAUCAUUGUUACAGAUGGGAGAGGUUACAUGGAUACUGGCGACCUCGAAGCAAUCACGAGCAAGGUGAGGGACUAUGAUCCGCCCAUUGAAGUCGUGCUGCUAGGCGUGGACUUCGACGAUCCUGACAGCGGGUACAAAGAGGAGGAAAAGGACGCGCAUAAGGAGCAAAAUGAGGCCAUCCUCAAAGAGUUCGUAGAAAACUGUGACGGGGCCUAUGGAACUCUUGCUGUAGCUGUCGAGCAGCUGGAUAUCCCCCGCACCAAGGAGACACGAGCGGUUCCGAGCUACAGGGGCACGCUCACCCUUGGAGAUGCCGCGACCUACGACGCUACGCUUACGAUCGACGUUGAGCGAUACCCAUGCACUAUGGUCGCCAAACCCCCAACGGCGAGCUCCUUCGUGGUGCGGACGGACCUCGGAGGCGUACCAGGCCCCAGUACUCAGUCGACUUCCACAGUCGUCGGUGAUGACCAUCCAAUGGAUGGCCAGCUCUCUGCCGUCCGGAGCCAGCGGGUCUACCAGGUUGACAAUCCGGAAGAGCCGGGGCAGAAGAUGAAUGUCGAGCCUGACGAACUGGAGCGCGGGUUUGAGUACGGUCGAACUGCAGUCCACAUCAGCGAGGCUGAUUCCAACGUCGUGAAGCUCGAGACGCAGCAAUCCCUGGAACUCAUCGGUUUCAUCUCAGAAGACAAGUUUGAUCGUUACCUCCCCAUGUCGCGUACGAACUUUAUCGUAUCCCAAAAGGCCAACCCACAGGCGCAGCUAGCACUCUCGUCUUUCAUCCACGCUCUCUACGAAGCUGGUUGCUAUGCUGUCGCGCGGCUUGUUGCUAAAGAGAACAAGCCGCCCCUCAUGGUGCUCUUAGUCCCGAGAAUUGAGCCAGACUUCGAAGCCCUGGUGGAUGUCGAACUCCCCUUUGAAGAAGACAUGCGGCGCUACAAGUUCCCACCCCUGGACAAGAAGCUCACUAUUUCGGGCAAGACGAUUACCGAGCACAGGGAUCUACCGAACGCCGACCUUAUGCAGGCAAUGAGCGAUUACGUCGAUGCAAUGGACCUUUCCACGUUCGACCGCGACGAAGACGGCGAACCCAUGGAAUAUGCCAGGCUGGAGGAUACAUAUUCACCACUUCUACACCGAGUCAACCACAUCAUCCGCUGGCGCGCCACACAUCCUGAUCCCACACUGCCUCUUCCCGGCCCUCCGCAGAUACUUACAAAGUACUCCGUCCCGCCGCCAGAGCUGCUACUGCAGACGGAGCAGCAGAUAAUCGCACUGGAAAAGGCAGCUGAUGUCAAGAAAGUCCCACCCAAGACCAAGGGCCGCGGAAAACGCACGCGCGCCGACCGUGAAAAGCCACUCUCAGGCCUUGACAUCGACGAACUCCUCGGAAACCCCAAGCGUGUCAAGAUCGACGCCUCGAACCUCAUCCCCUCCUUCAAGCGAGCCCUCGCCGCCACCGACGAUCUCGAAGCAAUCCAAGCCGCCGCCGACGCCAUGGGCGCCGAGAUCCGGAACUUCAUCGCCAACUCCGUCGGCGACAGCGGAUACGGCCAGGCGCUCGAGGCGAUACGCGUGAUGCGCGAUGAGAUUACGGAGCUGGAAGAACCUGAGAUAUAUAACCAGUUCAUCCGGCAGCUGAAGGAGGAUAUUCUGGGCGGGAAAUUGAAGGGCGAUCGGAGGGAGAUGUGGUGGAGGAUAAGGGGAAGUAAAUAUGGGCUUAUUGAUCGGAAGAGGUGCUUUGCGAGUGAUGUUACGGAGGAGCAGGCAAACGCGUUCUACAAAAGCUGAGGAUGAGGAGGUCGGUGGUCUGUGCCAUUCGUCCCCUUGACCAUUAGCAACGAAGAGCAGAAUCUGAAUGAGCUGUAUGAUAUACACGGACACUGAAAGUACGCAUACGAGGAUAACCAGGAUAAGGGCCUGACACCGCCACUAGAUUCAACACUAAAACUUCGCUUGAGGAAACACAGUGAAAAAGCAUACGCG